GCCUCAGCUGCAGUGCUGAUUUGACUUUUGGCCCAGGAACUUCCAUAUGGCCAGGUGCCGCUGUAAAAAGAAAAAAACAGGGAACAAUUGCUCUUUCAUUGUGACUGCCAACAUGUCACCCAGACUCAGGAAGACCUGGAAACUUAGGGGCCAUGUGAGCCACGACCAUGGUAGCAUUGGCAAACACCAGAAGCACUCAGGAGGCCCCGGUAAUGCUGGUGGCAUGCACCACCACAGAAUCAGCUUCAGCAAAUAUCACCCAGGAUACUUUGGGAAAAUUGGUUUGAGGCAUUACCACUUAAAGAGGAACCAGAGCUUCUGCCCAACUGUCAACUUUGAUAACUUGUGGACCUUGGUCAGUGAGCAGACACAGUUAAAUGCUGCCAAGAACAAGACUGGAGCUGCUCCUGUCAUUGAUGUGGUCCUAUUGGGCUGCUACAAAAGUCUGGGGAAGGGAAAGCUCCCAAAGCAAUCUGUCAUCGUGAAGGCCAAGUUCUUCAGCAGAAGAGCUGAAGAGAAGGUUAAGGGUGUGAGUGGUGUGAGUGGGGCCUGUGUCCUGGUAGCUUGAAGCCACGUGGUGGGAGAUUUCAAUAAAUGUUAACAAGUGGGGGAGUUCCCAUCAUGGC